AUACAUACAGCUGUUACCCUUGGGGAAGUUAAUUGGCAUAUAUAUUAUUCUAGAUUAUGUUUCCUUAAAAACUAUUCAAUUACUUUUGUUUUUUCUUUUUAAAAAUACUUAUAUUAAUAUAAGCUGAUUUCUUAAACACGUAGCAUAUGUAGCGCUGAUCAAUGCUAAUUAAUUAACACAGUAUAGUAUAGUAUAGUACUACUACUCUAGAUAUUGGUGUUUGUGCGUCAAAAUUGAGAAUUAAGAGAGAGAGAGAUGUUCGUUUCAAUGUGGAUGUUCGCCAACAAACAUUCACGUUGUAGAGCCCCAUUUCUCUCGGCUAGGGUUUCACAUAUAUAUCAUUCUUUUCCUUUUGUGUUAUAAUUAUAAAAACCCUAAAACCCAAAACCCAAUUCUUUAAUUUUCACCACAAUUAAUAAUAAUUGUGGCCCCUUCUCCAUUGUUAUUUCUCUAAUAUAUUUAACAUUCUAUUUUCCCAUACAAAUAUAUAAUUAAUUAUUAAAUGGAUGCUAUAUUUGUAUACAUUCAUCUCAUUUUCAAACGGUCAUAUAUAGAAAUGCAAGUUAAUUAUUUUUAUUACAUUUAAAUCUCUCUCUCUCAUCUCAUAUUUAUUUGUACACAUGAUCACAUACAUAAAAUUAUAAAUAAUGUGUGGGCCGGCGUAUAUAUGUAUAAAUAUAUAGAAAUGUACACAUUAAUAAAAAGGGGUAGUCAAAACUAGAACGUGGAAACUACACAACUGCAUGGUUGCCAACCUAUACGCGCCAAGCGGUGGUCAACUCUUCACUUAAUCACUCACAAAAGAGAUCAACUUCAUUAGUCUUUAAAGUGACCUAAUUACCCUUUUAAUACUUAAUCUAUAAUACCAUCCUUUCAAAUCAUCAUUCAAUAACAUAUGUCUAUUGUCUAUAUCCGUAAAUAUACAUAUACAUAUAUUCGACUUAUUAUACCACUUUGUAUUAAUGAAUACUAAAUAAUUAAUGUUGGCUUUCUACACUAUUGAAGAAUAUUUGGUCUUUCAAUAAGUCUCUCUCUCUCUCUCUCUCUCUCUCUCUCUUUAUAUAUAUAUAUAUAUUAUUAGUAUUAGUGGUUUUCUAAUAUAAUUAUUAUUGUUUAUUAUGAGUUUGGAUAUGUUUAUUUUAAUAGUGAUGCAUGUGCGACCAUUCCAUUAGUGAGGCAUGUGGAAGCAUUCCACGCCCUCUAGACAAUAGCUAUAUACAAUAUUAUAACUAAUAUAAAUAUAUAAACAUUUACCUCCUAAUUCUCUUCAAAACAAAGCUUCUUCUCUUCUUCAACUACUAUAUAUAUACAACAACUACUUAUAUUCCCACAGACCCUACCUAUAUAUAUACGUAUACCAAAAUAACUUCAUCAAAAUAAACAAUCUCUCUCUAUCCUUCCAGCCAUCUUUAAUUUGUUUCAAAUUCUUACUCUACUUAUUACAUAUUAAUAAUGGGUGGGUCAUCUCCUUGUGCUUCUUGCAAACUCUUGAGGCGCCGUUGCGCCAAAGAUUGCAUCUUUGCCCCUUACUUUCCUUCUGAUGAUCCUCACAAGUUUGCCAUUGUUCACAAAGUUUUUGGUGCUAGCAAUGUUAGCAAAAUGUUGCAGGAGCUUCCACUUCAUCAAAGAGCAGAUGCUGUAAGCAGUUUGGUUUAUGAAGCAAAUGCAAGAGUUCGGGACCCAGUUUAUGGAUGUGUUGGUGCAAUAUCUUACCUUCAAACCCAAGUUUCCCAAUUACAAAUGCAACUAGCUGUGGCUCAGGCUGAGAUUCUCUGCAUCCAGAUGCAACAAGAGUCCACCUUACCAACCCAGCAGAUUAUUGAUAAUCAUCAUCAUCAUCACCAUCAUCAUCAAGAUCAUGAUCAUCAUGAUCAGAAACCCCUUAUUUUGUCCAGUAAUAAUAAUAAUAAUAAUAGUACUAUUACUACUACUAACUUCUCUUCCAAUAAUCUUCCACAGUAUCUCACUUUCUCUUCUUCUGGCAAUAUUAAUGUAAUGCAAGACCCAACUCUCCAAAGAGAAUCUCUUUGGACUUGAAUAUUAUUAUUAGUUAUAAUAAUAUGAUGAUAUCUCUCUCUCUCUCUC